AUGCUGGGUCGGUGCGUACUGGGUGUGAGGAAUGAAGCAGUGGAGGAUUUCAUUAUGGCGGAUGCUCGCAUGCUUCGGAGGGAUGUGGAGGGCAUGGCGCAUGGCAGCGCCAAAGAGGACGUUUUACAGUGGGGACCAACUCCUGAGGGACUUGGACUGGGAGAUUACAAGUACAAGGGAGGGCUUGCCCAGGGAGGGCUUGCUGCAAGGGCACUUGAACCAGGAAAACGGCAGCAAGUGCAGCAGCAGAAGCAACUGUGGCGGCAUGACCUGUUCCUAUUGUCAUUAUCACAGCGCAUCCCUCUCGACUCUCUUCUGGGCGGCGGGCUGCCCCUGGCUGCUGUGACUGAAGUCACUGGCGCUGCUGGUGCAGGCAAGACGCAGUUCUGCCUGCAAGCCGCAGCCGUAGCUGCAAUCGCCCCACUGCUCGCCCAACCUGGUAGUUCAAAAUCCUUGCAAGGCCAGGGCAGCACACCCGCUCCGUACAGCUCAAGGCAGUGUACCCCCCAAGGCAGUGUGCCGCCUGGGACAGGGUCGGCAGUGCCACCCGGCGUACAGUCAACACCAGUGCCGCCCAGUACAGGGUCGUCGGUGGCGUUUGUGGACACAGCUGGGAGCUUCUCUGCUGCCCGCAUCGCUACUGUGAUUGGGCGGAUGAUGGGGUCGAGAGAGCGAUGCCAGGAAUCAAGGGCCAUUGUGACGCGAGCCUUGAAGGCUGUGGUGCGCAUGAAGGCAUAUGACAUCCACUCGCUGCUGUCCCUCCUGGCAACCAUUGCCCAGCACAAGAGAAAAGCCACUCAGUCGUCGGAUUUCUUCUCUGUUCUUCGCCUGCUCAUCAUCGACUCUGCCUCUGCUGUUGUCUCUCCUGUGCUUGGGGGCCAUGGUCCACAAGGCCAUGCCUUGAUGAUGAGUCUCAGCCGCAUGAUUCGUUUGCUGGCCAACGAGUUCGGUCUUGCUGUACUGAUCACCAACCAUUCGGUGUCGAGUGAAGAUGGAACAUUCAAGCCGGCGUUGGGGGAGAGUUGGAAGGUAACACCACAUCCAGCUACGGCCGGCCAAUGGGCGUCAACACCGUUCCAUUCGUGGUCGACCUCGUUACAGUCAGCACCGAGAAGAGAAUGCAGCGACGCGUUGUCGAGUUUUAACCGCCAGACACGAUUUUCACGGCUGUCGGCUGCAGCGGCUUCUAGCGACGACGCCUCCUCACCCAGUACCGGCAGUGAAGCCGGCAACGAAGCCGACGCGCUGACGGCGGAGUUUCUGCGCUUCGUGUCGGAGACGCAGCAGCAGUGGCCGCUGGCGGACCGACACCCCACGGCGCUGCUUGCGCCCACCGCGGUGGUGCGCGCGCAGAUGGACGCGCUCAUGCGCAACGACUGGCCGGAGGCGGACAGCGGUAUCCAGACGGCGUUCAACUUCGCCAUGCCUCAUAAAGUGGACGAGAUCCUCCCUGGAUCGUCCCUCCAGGCCCGGCCGCCAGUGAAGGAAGCACGAGCGUGGGACGCUAGCGAGCGGUACCUGUCCGUGGAGGGCUUUAAGAAGCUCCUUCGGGAACCGAUGUAUGCUGCCCUGCUGCACUGCGAAUCGUGGGAGUUCGCGUCCCCCAUGGCGUUCCAUGGCAAGGCGGACAGCAAGGCAGUGCAGGCGGUGAAGGUUCGUGCUGCCCCCACUGCCACCGUCACUCCUUCGUCAUCCUCCGCAGCUACUGCUGUAGAAGCUGCUAUGGAUGGUGGUGCUGCGGAUGGUGGCGCGGAGUUGCUUGGGCGGACACGAGAGUACACCUACACAUUCUGCUUGCAGAAGGUAUUGGAGGGAGCGUUCAAGGGAUGCUGGAUGGUGGUGGGCCUUCGCGUUGGUGACUACGCCAACGUAUGA